AGGAAAGAUCAAGAAAAAGAUGAAAAGAAGAGGAAGAAAGAACUGGAGCAAGCCAAGAAAGAGCAGAAGGACAAAGAAAAGAAGGAACAAGAGAUACGAAAGAAAUUUAAGUUAACAAGUGAUAUUGAAGUUAUUCAUCAAGUCAAGGCCAGCGUGGACCACAAAGGCGGUAAAAAUGAACUCUCUUUCAAGAGUGGUGAUCAGAUUGAAGUCAUACGUGUCACAGAUAACCCUGAAGGAAAAUGGCUGGGUAGAAUGAAUGGAAUCUAUGGUUACAUCAAAACGACAAUGGUGAAUGUUGACUAUGACUCACUAAGGAGAAGAAAAACAGUAACUAUGACCAUUCCCAUAAAACCAGAUCCAGACCAGGAAAUUUAUGACGAUGUUGGAGAAGAUGAGGCCAUCAACAACUCUGGCGGGAACUCG